AUGGACCGUGAGGUUGAUAUGGCAAGAGCUUUGCCUCCUAGUCGAGGACGAAUGGUUCUCUACAGGGACAAAGGAAAUUGUCCAUCAGACGACAUGAAGAAAGUGCCCCCACAACAUGCUGCCAAGCUGCCAGCCAAGGCAGUUACUAGGAUGGGUCUUAUUCCAGCUUCCCCACAAGCAAUCAUGCAGCCCCGUGUACAAAACAACCGUGCCGUGACCUUUGAACAGAUAAUAAGGUUUGGCCUGUUCCAUCCUAACUUAAUAGAAGCAACUUAUCGUGCAUUUAGAGCAAAACUGAGUCCAGUACUGUAUUCAGCACAGGCAAUGAGACAGCAACAACAACAUGCAAAACAAGGCAACAAAUCAGAACCUUUAUCUAGAAUGAAAUCAAUGCAAAGGUCACAAAUGGUGUCUAGCAUGCAUCUGAAUUCAUUAGCAUCAAGACUUGGAACUAGAUUAGGUAGAGUGCUAAAACUUCUGCUCGAAGCUCUUGAAAAAAGAGUAGGCAAUAGCUUUGAUCCAUCCCAUACAACUGUUAAGUUACAAUUACAGCAUAGCUUAUAA